GUUUAAAAAUUGAUGUUUAUAGCGAUAAGGACGCCAGACUUUAAAGUUAUAAAACUAAAUUAGGUGCUGAAAGAGGUGUGGUCAGUUCAGUCAUAUAAUGAAUUAAGAAAUUGGUUACAUAUAACUUGGGUGAUAGGUAUAACAUCGCAUUAAAGUCGGCAAUCUUUUAGUUUCACACCGCCAUCCAACAUUGCAAUUAUUAUUCCUUGUUUGAAUUAUUCCCAUUGAAACAUGCGUGAAUCAAUUAUAUUCGAAAAACUUUCCCAACCCAAGAGCUUUUUUCCCAGACCCACAUAGUUGUAUUUCCCUAUCAGGUGCUCCUCCCCCAGACUCCCACCUGGUCACCUUAGAUUCUCUGUGCAGCAUUAGUCGCAACCUAUUUUCUCCAUUUGUGACGUUCUUUGCAAGUGCAGAUUAUUUGAGUGUAGUUUUUUUCCUUCCUUUACAGUUUCGAGUAAAUGUAAAUCAAAGUAUUUCUUAAUAUAAUUUUGCAAUGGAAGUACUAUAGAUGAAAAUUGUCUAUUCUGUAGUUUUAUCCAUUAGAAGCAGUUUACCUUGUACCAUACAGUUGCAUGAAACAAACUAUACCUGAAAAUCUAACAGAGAAAAUCUUAAGUGAUUAGUCUUUAGCCUUUUGCUGAGCAGUAAUUAAUUUCUUGAAAUGCCAAUUUUUUGAGAUAUUCACAUUUUUUAUAAUUAUAGGUUUAAAUAUUCGCAAUGUUCACAAGUUAUGUUGUGGACUUCAUUGAUACUUUAUACAUUUACUGCUUAAUUUAUUAAUAUAUUUAUAUAUGGACUUUGAGAUUGAUAUCAACUGCAAUUGGCAUUCUGAUUGUUUUAUUAAACUGUCUUAGUAUUUGGCAUAUUUGUAUAAAUGGUAAUUUUAUUUUCAGUUAGAGUUUGAUUUCUUGAGGAAGCAGGGUAUAUUGAAAGUAUUGGUAUAGGUACAGUUUCAUCACAUCAAAAGUUAACAUUUUAUGGGAAAGACAGAGCAAACAUUUUUUGUACUUGUCUUUUAUGUCACUUCAUUCACAGAUUAGAAAUAACAGAAUCUAAUUUUUGAAGAGGCCUUAACAACAAUGUUAUAAUAAACUUGCCAGAUACUAUGAGGUUAGUAGUUAUGUGUGAAGACAAAAAAUGCAAAGUUCUAUUUGAUAGAGAUAUCCUCAUAAGACCCACAGGGGAGUGUGACAUGUAAUGACAAUCACAAACAGACUCUCAGACUUUUGCAUUCCACUCAUAAAAGCUUCCUCAAAAGUUAACUCAAGACCAGGGAGAAAAGUGGCCCGAAAUGUCCCGCACAGGAAGCCUUGGCCUAGACGUGGAGAUCCUGCGCCGCCUCAACCGGGAUCGGCUGGUGCGGGUGUUGGAGGAUGCGCCAGGAUCCAAGGACCUAGUGAUCGACGGUGACCUCCUCAAGAUGCUAGACCGCAUUGCAGGGGCUACCUUGCUCAGGAGUCAUGGGGUGGAAAAGAUGCACAAGCUGCAGCGCGUUCCCCCCCCAGUGCAGUGUGGGCAGCGGGUGUACAUCGUGCGUCCUGCUCUUGUCACCCUCAAAUAUAUUGCAGAUCAUGUGCAUGAAGAUGCCAGGACCCAUCCUGAUCUGAGAGUUCACGUCGUGGUGGUGCCCCGCUUGACGCCCUCGGUGACGGGGCUGCUGGAGGAGGAGGGCCUCUACGGGACACUCAACCUUCACGAGUUCACGCCGGAGUUCGUGCCUUUGGACGAUGACCUCCUCUCGCUCGAAAUGACUUCGUUCUUCAGAGACGCGUUCCUGGGCGGCGACUACUCCGGCUGCGUGGGCGUGGCGCGGGCGCUGAACACGCUGCAGGGGCUGUUCGGCGCCUUCCCCAACGCGGUGGCGCACGGGCGGGCGGCGCGGGCGGUCGUGGGCGCCCUCGACGCCCUCACGGCGCAGGAGUCGCCCAAGAAGGGCCUGCAGCUGCCGGAGAUCGGGCACCUGUUCGUGUUCGACCGCGACGCCGACCUGGUGACGCCCCUGCUGAGCCAGCUGACGUAUGAGGGCGCCCUGGACGAGCACUUCGGCAUCCGCGCGGGCGUGGUGGAGCUGCCGAAGGAGGUGGCCGGCCCCGACGCCCCCACCAAGCUGCCCCUCAACGCCAGGGACACCAUCUACGACAACAUCAGGAACAGGCACUUCGCCGGCGUCUCCGGCUACCUCAUUACGAGGGCGCAUGAGGUGAAGGCGAAGCGCGAGCAGGCGCAGACGAUGACGACGGCGCAGAUGAAAGACUUCGUGGCCAACGAGAUCCAGACGCUGCAGCAGCUGCAGCGCUCGCUGUCUCUGCACCUGUCGGCGUGCGAGGCCAUCACGACGCGCACGCGCAAGGACUUCGACUCGCAGCUGAGCAUAGAGCACGGGCUGGUGACGGGCGCGGGCACGGCGACGGAGGCGCAGACCUUCCUCAAGGACUGCCUGGCCCGCAUGCUGCCCCUGCACGCCAACCUGCGCCUGCUGUGCCUGCUGUCGCUCACGCAGGACGGCCUCUCCAGGGACCGCUACAACAUGCUCAGCCAGCGCCUCCUGGCGGCGCACGGCCACCGGCACCUGGUCACGCUGCAGCACCUGCGCCAGAUCGGCCUCCUCGCCGUCAACGACUCCUUCACGUCUGGCGGCAGCGGCGGCGGCACGGGCGGCGCCAACGGCAGCGGGGGCUCGGGCGGCUCGGGCUCCGGCGGCGUGGCGCCCCUGCAGGACCGGCUGGCGCAGGUGGCGUCGCUGCUGCCCCGCCGCGGCUCCGGCUGGCGCGCCGCCGCCAAGCGCCUCCGCCUGAUCCCCGACGCCGAGCGCAGCAUCGACCUCCACAACCCGACCGACAUGAGCUACGUGUUCAACGGCGCCUACACGCCCGCGGUGCCCAAGGUGGUGGGCGACGUGCUGUCGGGGCGCCUGUCGCCGUCGCAGCUGCAGGACGCCCUCAAGGUGCUGCCGGGGACCACGGUGGUGAGGACGGCCGCUCCCGGAGGGCCCCCGCCCCCCCGCGUCGCCCUCGUCGUCCUGCUGGGCGGCAUCACCUUCGCCGAAGUGGCCGCCUUCCGCCUCCUCGCCCUCACCUCCAGCACCAGGAUCGUCCUCGCCGCCACCGCCACCGCCACCGGGACAGACCUCGUCGGCGCCGCCGUCGUCUAGCUCCUCGGCGCCGGGGAGGAGGAGCGGGCGAGCCGGGGAGAGGAGGAGCAGAAGGAAGGACAGACCAAAUAAAGACAUCGCGGGAGAAGCCAACAAAGCAGAAAGUAAAAAGAAAAAUAAUUACCUGUCACGCCAUUGGUCUAAAAUUUAUACAUAUGUUGAUAAUGGCUUGACACGUUUGUGCCCAUAUCGCAAUCAUUUCUUAGGAAUAUGUUGCUCAACUUGAGAGAGAGAGAGAGAGAGUGUGUGUGUGUGUGUGUGUGUAUGUGUGUGUGCGUGCGUGCGUGCGUGUGCGUGUGCGUGUGCGUGUGCGUGUGCGUGUGUGUGUGUGUGCGCGCAAUAUAUAGAUCGCCUCAUGCCCUAAACAUUAUCCAUUCCACUGCUUAGAGCAACUGUAUCAUUACUUUCUGUAAUAAAACACAUUUGAUUCC